AUGGUACCUGGUCAACCAAGUACCGAUAGAACUGACAUUUUUGUGCGUAUGUUCAAGAUUAAGCUUGAUGAGCUUAUGAAUGACAUAAGGAAAAAACAUCAUUUUGGUCGUACAAAAGCCAAUAAAAUAACCACAACCCAAAAGAUUGAUCAAUUUGUAUUGGCAGAGUUGCCUUCUCAGGAAAAUGACCCAGUUGCUUUUGAAGCUAUUCGUAGUCACAUGAUGCAUGGUCCAUGUGGCCAGCUUAACACAUUAAGUCCAUGUAUGCACAAUGGAAGUUGUUCUAAAGGAUACCCUAAGGAAUAUUGCGAUGAAACUUUCAUUAGGCGUGAUGGUUGUCCCUGUUAUAAAAGGUCUAACGAUGGUUCGAAAGUUAAAGUUGGUAAUGAGGAUAUCAUGCUUGAUAACCAAUACGUUGUUCCUCAUAAUGUCGAAUUGCUUGUAAAAUAUGGUUGUCAUAUAGAUGUUGAGUAUUGCAACCAAGGAAGUUUGAUUAAGUAUCUUUUUAGUUACAUUAAUAAAGGCCAUGAUCGUGCCACUGUUGUUUUGGAAGAAGCAUGUUGGAAAUUGUUGGGCUUUGAGAUGCAGUAUCGCUCGGUUGCAGUAGAAAGACUACCAUUUCACGAAGAGGAUUGUCAAAGAGUUUACUUUAGAGAAGAUGAUGAUAUUGUAGAAGUUCUGGAUAGGAGGGUAUCUGCGGUGUCUAAGUUUACUGAAUGGAUGAGAUCAAAUCAAUUAUAUCCAGAAGCCCGAUUGUUAACUUAUUCAGACUUCCCGACGAAGUUUACAUGGCAUGAAAAAGGGGAUGUUAAGGAAUGGAGGCCACGUAAAAAUGGUUUGGUUAUUGGUCGGUUAUAUUUUGUAAAUCUAAACGAAGGAGAAAGGUGGCUUUUAUUUUGUAUCUGGUUGUGGAGGGACAGGAAAAACAUAUUUGUGGAGAACAAUUAUUGCUUCUAUUCGAUCGCAUGGAAAGAUUGUUUUAUCAGUCGGUCAUCUGGCAUUGCUUCUUUGUUAUUACCUGGUGGUCGUACAGCGCACUCCAUGUUUAAUAUUCCUAUUGAUAUUGAUAAAGACUCAACUUGUGGUAUCGAUAUUGGCUCAGAUCUCGCAGAGUUGAUUAAUAUUGCUGAGAUGAUUAUUUGA